GUUACUUAGCACGAGCCCCUCUUUCAUUUCAUAACCCAUUCACAAUUCCCAACCUCUUAUGAAUGUUGAAUGUUCCUUACGGAGUAUUGAAUCAAUCGUCAUCACUUCACCGUAAUUCAAUCCAUUGUACAAUAAAUACAGCUUUUACGGGCAUCAAGCAGCAGUUCAACAUUUCGAGUUCUUCUUUCCUUUGUCUCGGUUGGGAUACCGUAACUCCUUUCGACUUUACAUCAAAUCACAUAAGAUCGCAUAAUAUAGCACAGUCGACGCUGAAUAAACCCUCAACUUCAUCAAAAGCCAAGAAGUGUCCUCAAACUAUCCAUCAUACGGUCUCAUCAUCGCACACAUCCAAAGUAAUCACCAUGCCAGCCCGCCAAGUAAAACGUCCCUACGCCGGCUCUCAGCCUCAAAUAACCUCCUAUUUCACAACCGGCUCCACAUCUCUCCUCGCACCCCUCCCUCCCUCCCAAUAUCAACCCUCUCUUCCACAUCCUAUCCAAUCCUCCCUCCUAUCCGUCGGCAUGCGCAUCCGGAAAUCCGUUCCCGAAGGUUACAAAACCGGCUCCUAUUCCGCCUUCAAUUUAUUCUCAGACAAUACACCCGCCAUCAAAUCACACACAUCUUCCACAUCUCCGGGGUCGACUCCCGCACCAUCGAAAUAUAAAGCCACGAGACCCCGCGCGGGAAUCAGGGAAUUAACGCCCUUCUGCGGGCUAAUGAAGGUUGGGGGGAUGAGUGUACAGGGAUAUAAUGAAUCUGGAGAGGCGAUCGAAGAAGGAGAUGAGGAGGACUACGAAGAUAGGAUCUGGGAUAGUAGUCAAGAGAGUAUGAUGAGUAAUGGUAGUGUCGGAAGUUACGGUGGUGGCACUGGGGCUAAGAGACGAUUUAUCGAUGAUGAAGAAGAGGGCGGAAACAUAUUUGGAGAGAGGAAUGAGGAAAGAGUAUUGGUGGAUGUUGGGGAACGAAGGAUUGCGAUGCCGAAGUCGAGGAAGAGCGAGAAGGGUGGAGGCAACAUGACAACUAGAUUUAAUGGAGAUGAGAAUGCAGAUAUGGAUUUUGGAGAAGCUGAAUUUUUGGAUUAUGGUUUAGUGGAGGAAGUUCAGAUGGGUGGUGUUUAAGGAUAGGAUGCAUGUUAUUGAGCGUCUGGGCAGGUUUGCAUUUUAUGGGCAGCGUUUGCAUAUUUAUCGGCAGUGGGAAUUGUAUUAUGGAUAUCAAUGGUUUGGGAUGAGCCAUGUCAACUGCAUGUUUUGACAAGGCGUUUCUGGAUGGAUUAUGUGAACAUAUUUGCUUGGCCUAGAGCUGCAACAUCUGGACAGCCAGCUGGUAUAUGGUUUGUUUCUGUAUCUUUACACGCAUAUAGCUAUCGUGCAGUAAUAUAUAUAUUUACAUCUACAAUGACUAAUGUCAC